AUGAUUCCCAUCUUUCCCAAGUCGUGGAUCGCAUCGCCAGAUAUCAUGGCGCCCACAAUCGAUACCCUCAUCAUCGGCGCAGGUCCCAGCGGACUCUGCGCUGCAAAGACACUCCUUCAGCAUGACCCAGCCGCCGAGAUACUCAUCCUCGAUGGCCGCGCCUCGGUCGGUGGUGUCUGGUCGAAAGAGCAGAUCUACCCGAACCUGAAGACGAACAACCUUGUCUCGGCGAUCGAUUUCUCAGACUUCCCUAUGGACCCCAAGCGCUUCGGGGUCAAGAUCGGCGAACAUGUUCCUGGCAAGGUCAUGCAUGAGUACCUUGUCGCAUACGCAAAGCACUUUGACGUCUGGGACAAGAUCCAGCUAAACACAAAGGUCGUACGGGUGACUCGCCCAGAAGAUGAGGGGCAAUGGAAUGUCGACGUUGAGGAGAACGGGGAAGCAAAGACCGUGACCUGCACACGGCUCAUCGUCGCGACUGGCGUUCUCACCGUACCGCACAUGCCCGACAUCACCGGCUCCGAAGACUUCAACGCUCCCAUCAUCCACUCUUCCGAUCUUGUCCUUGGCGGGAGCAAGUCCGCCUACGACGCCGUCCACUUGGCUGCAUCUACAGGCCACAAGGUCCGGUGGCUUAUUCGUCGUUCCGGCCGCGGACCUGUGUGGGUUGCACCGGCGUUCACGCAGCUCGGGCCGUUCAAGGUCUGGCGCGAAAGGCUUGUGACUAGGAGAAUCUGCGCGUUCAUGUCGCCGUGCGUGUUUCCUGACUUCUCAGGUCUCGCAUGGGUGAGACGGUUUCUGCAUGAAAGCGCUGUGGGCCGCGUGUUGAGCAAGACUUUCUGGAAGUUGAUCCGUCACGACACGAUCAAUGAUUGCGGAUACCAGACGGACGAGAAGACGAAGGUGCUGCAGCCGGAGCAGAACAUGUUCUGGUACGGCACUGCUUCUGGUAUCCUCAGCUUCGACGACGAUUUCUUCGAGUAUGUCCGCAACGGCACGGUCCAAAUCUACCGCGAAGACAUCGAUCACCUAUCCGACCAUAAUAUCCACUUCACCGACGGCUCAAGCAUCUCCGCCGACCUCUUGGUCACAUCAACCGGCUUCUCAGCAAAGCCAACCAUCAACUUCGAACCUGCAUCUCUCCAUUCCGAUCUCGGCAUCCCCUCCACAUCUCUAGGCCUCAAACAAGAAGCAUUCUGGAACGACGCAAACGCAAAGGCAGACGCCGCCAUCGGCGCGCGCUUCCCACGCCUCCUAGACGGCCCUUUCCAAAGCCCCACAUCCUCAAAGACAAAGUCCUUCAACCCCGGUGCGUCAGCAGAGGUUUCCUACACCCCCUGGCGCCUCUACCGCGGCAUCGCUCCCCCAGGCCUCGCCGCUCGCGACGACCGCUCUCUCGUCUUCCUCGGCGCCUUCAGCAACCUCGCCAACAUCAUGCGCCUCGAGGUGCAGUGCCUCUGGAUGCUGGCGUACUUUGAAAACGGGAUCCCCAACUUUGACGUCGACCGCCGCGCGGGCCGCGUCUUUGAGGAGACGGCGUUGUUCCAGCGGUGGGCGCAGCAUAGGGCGCCGUACGGGCACGGUCGGUGUUAUCCGGAUCUGGUUUUCGAUCAAUUGCCGUAUUGGGAUAUGUUGCUCGGCGAUGUCGGGGUGGAGACGGCGCGGAAGGACGGCAUGUGGGCCGAGUUGUUUGAGAGCUACACGCCGAUGGACUACCGGGGCAUGGUGCAGGAUUGGAUUGACCAGAACCGAUAG